UCGACUUUAAUCGUAUAAGUCGGUCGUAGUCGUCUUCUUCUCGCGUUCCGACCAGAGAGUUUGCACGGAAAACCGGUUCAGUGCGCGGGUUCCGUGGUGGAAGAAGAAGAAAAAGAAGAAGAAGAACAAGAAGACCGACGAGUGAAAAGGAACGACAAGAGAGAGAACAACAAGAAGAGAAAAAGAUGGCUGCCACCACUAUGAGCCACGUGUUCGAAUACGAGAACGAGUUGAACGAUAACUUAUACAAUCUUAAGAUGUCGGGCAACAACAAGGCCAACAGCAACGGGACCAAAAGCAUGAGGAGGAUGUUGAAACCUCUGUUACGUUUGCUCAAAAAGAAAACGGGCAAGGGCAAAUACGGUAAGGGCCAAAAAGCCAUGCCGCAAUCAGAGAUCUUCACCGAGGAGGUCGACAAUCAGAACAACGCGAACGAGGCAUUGGAAAGAAGAUUAUUGGCCGAACUCCAAGAUGCUGAGGAGGGUGCAGCCAUCACCGUUUGUCUUGACGGUCAAAUGACAGUCGUGCCGGUUGUUCCUGGUCAGUGUUACGUCCCUGUACACUUUGCUCACACCCACGCUGGUGACUUUUAUUGGACGACCCUCAGCCUCGCGGACAGUGAUCUCUGCUACAAGGAACGAGCUUUCUCGCAAUACCAAACACCGGAGAUGCAAGUCGCGUGAAAGGAAGCCUGUCCGCAUGUCAUAAUGCAUUC